UAUCGCAAGAAAUCUUAGCUACCAUUUUGAAAAUCGAUUCAAAAUGCCCAUAACUCUUUCUCGUUGGCCUGUGGGAACACGUCGGUAUGUUAUUGGUGAUUAUUUUGUGUGUGGCGAUGUGUGGGGCCAGCUUCCAUGAGCAGUAUAGAGUGCCCGAGGCCUGUACCGACAAAUGGGAAUCCUUCGUGUACGAGGACAAGGAAUACGUCAUCCAGAACCUGCCGAUAACCUGGGAGAAUGCUAAAAUUAUGUGCCGUGGUCACCAUAAUGGAACAUUGGCUAUAUUAGACACGAAAGAAAAGGCAGAAUUUCUUGCUGAAGCUUUAGCUGAAUCACAGUUUGUGAUCGACUCUGUGUGGGUUGGUGCUCGGAGACAUGGCGGCGACGACCCAGAUGGCUACCGCUGGGGAAACCUACUGGAACUGCGUCGCACAGCUGAUGACAUCCGAAGGAGUAGUCCUGAAGACCUGGACCAAUAUCCAGCGUGGCAGAACAGAACCCACGUGCCGGUCCCAGAAGCAGGCGCCGACUGCGUCGCCGUGCAAAGAGUGUCUCACGAUCGAGGAGUGUUCCUGGAUCUUCCCUGCGAGCUGGAAAGACCGUUCGUCUGUGAAAGAGAAGCGCAGAGCCGGCACCUGAUAAAGGAGCUAAAAACGGUCCGGUGCCGGACCGGUCUGUACCGGAUGUAUGACGGACUCUUGGACUGGCACCAAGCGGCUGCGUACUGCGUGAUCAGAAAGAUGAGUUUAGCCAACAUCGCCACGAUGAAGUGUCUGAAGAAACUUGGCACCACGAUGCUAAAAACCAGACCCAGCAUCGAAAAUGCGUGGGUCGGUGCAAGAGGAGAGCUCGGGAAAUGGAAUUGGGUCGACUCGGGAGCUAACAUCUUCUUGCCCAGCCCUUACAGCGACGUGGACAAAGCCAUGUGGCCACCUAUGAGAGACAGAACAUCAGUAAAACAAAAUGGCUGCCUUCAACUAGACCGGCACGCUAACCACCCACCGAUAUUCCUGGAGGCCCGCUGCGAAAGAAAGAUGCAGUUUAUCUGCUAUCAAGGUAUACAAGGUUCACCGGCGUUACGAACUGCCACACCGCUACCUAGCGACGACUCCUAUUACUACGUGCUCGUCAAACAACUGCUAUUCUGGCAACACGCUUACGAGAAUUGUAACAAAAUGAACGGCUCGUUGGCCUAUCCGGAGACUUCGGAAAUAAUGACGCAAUUGCUGCUUCUAAUGGGGGAAAACAAGGAGCAACCUGUUGAACAUAUUUGGAUAUCCGGCCGUUUAAAUAUAACGAAAGAUCUUGCGACAGACGACAUUAAAUACGGAUGGUAUAACCCGUUCAACAACAAGGCUAUUCCCGACCCGAAGACUCGAAGGAAUUCGCAAGGAGUUUAUACGGCGCCGUGGUUGGAUGAAGACUUUACGAGGGACAACUCGUGCUUGAAUUUGGACAGACAAGACCACUUGACGGGACUCGUCUAUGGUCUUCCCUGUGACACUCCUCAAUACUCAAUAUGUAUGAUUGAGAAAAGUCCACACGCAAAACUAGAAAGUGCACCUGUCAUUUCUACGCCGGCUAACAUGGUCGUCGUCCCUGAAGCAAUGGAGGUUCCUCAUUCGGAAGGAUUUUUAAAGGAUACUGAUGUUACUAACAAAUAGAUC